CUUCACCAAAACGAGAAACCACCAAGCAUUGAAGUGCGACAGUACGACACAGUAAAUACUGAUGCUCCACGGCUGUUGAUUCCUGCAACCUGGUAUACACGAGCAACAGACGAGACCAGCACGACUGGUCGUAAAAGCACCCACAGCAGCCUCAAGAUGCCGGGCUUCGACUUCUCCAACUACAACCGCAAUGCGGCCCUGCACGCCCGCGGAGUGCCUCUGCCAAAGGCGACCAGCACAGGAACAACCAUUGUCGGCUGCAUCUUCGACGGCGGCGUUGUGAUUGCUGCUGAUACCCGAGCCACCUCCGGCCCCAUCGUCGCCGACAAGAACUGCGAGAAGCUUCACUACAUCUCCCCCCAGAUCUGGUGUGCCGGAGCCGGUACCGCCGCCGACACCGAGUUCACCACCGCCCUCAUCUCCUCCCAGCUCGAGCUGCACUCCCUCUCCACCGGCCGCAAGCCCCGCGUCGUCACCUGCAUGACCCUCCUCAAGCAGCACCUCUUCCGCUACCAGGGCCACAUUGGCGCGUACCUCGUCGUCGCCGGCUGCGACCCUACCGGCACCCACCUCUUCACCGUCCACGCCCACGGCAGCACAGACAAGCUCCCCUACGUCACCAUGGGAUCCGGCAGUCUGGCUGCCAUGAGCGUCUUUGAGACGCAGUGGAAGGCGGACAUUUCACGGGAUGAGGCCGUCAAGCUGUGUAGCGAUGCUAUCCUGUCCGGUAUCUGGAACGAUUUGGGUUCUGGUUCCAACGUCGACGUUGCCGUCAUCACCAAGGAGAAGACUACCCUGCUACGAAACUACAUCAAGCCCAACGAGAAGAGCGCGAAGCUGCAGAGCUACCGCUUCGAGAAGGGCACUACUGCCGUCUUAAACGAAAAGGUUAUCAACAAGAGCGAUCUUAAGCGAUUUGUCACAGUACACGACUUACCGGUUGAGGGUGAGAAGAUGGAUGUUGAUACCUAAAGAUGGGGAAGGAAUAGCGGGCGGUUAGGGCGUGACUUUGUGCUUUAUCCGCGAAAUAGUUAACAGACUAGAAACCAAAUAAAACUUCAAAGCUAUGAUAAUGAUACAAUGUUUUGACCCC